AUGGGCCCAGGCCUCACCCUCGCCGAGCCCCGAGCGCGCACGGCGCACCGCGCACCGGGCCUCGCGUCCCCGCCCCGCACAGGCGGCGCCAUGGCGGCCGCGCGGAUCCGGGCGCUGGCGGGCGCCGCGCUCCACAGGACAGCUCUCUCCGCCCAGCGGCCGCGGCCUCUCCGCGUCGCUACGGGGUCGCGGCAGCAGCAGCGCGGCUUAACGCUGGGCGCGGCCUCCCGGGGAGGGCGCAGCGGCUCCACGCCCGGCCCGCAGGAGCCACCCAAAAGCGCAGCAGGGCGCGCGGCCAGCGAGGGGUUAACGUCGGCGGAGCGGCGGAUCGCGGAGCUGCAUGCGGCGGCCAGCGCGGCUGGCCAGUUAAACUGCGUAGAUCCGGCUACUGGAUACGUGGUGCUCACAAGGCUGGCCCACUUGCAGAGAGGCGCCUGCUGUGGCUCCGCCUGCAGACACUGUCCCUAUGGUCAAGUCAAUGUUAAAGAUCCAUCUAAAAAGAAGCGAUUCAAUUCAUAUUUUUAUGUUUGACAACAGUUUUUUUCUUUGCACUCUCACUGAACUUGUACUUAAAAAAUAAAUCUCUAAUUCACAAUUUCUCUCUUUGUUCUUUGUAUUGGAACACAAGUUUAAUCUUAAAUACAUGUAUUAAAAGAACAUCAAUGGCAAAGCUAACAAAUAUGUGUUUUAAAGUGCCACAGUGAUAAUCAUUCUUCUUUCUUUUUGCUUCAUUAUCAGACACGUGGUGAGGAAAGAAAAUAAUGACCGUUCUAUUAAAUAAAAGUUGCAAU